ACGACCCACAUAUAUUGUUGCCCCAUACAUAACGACCCACAUAUACUGUUGCACCAUAAAACACGGCCCGCAUUUACUGUUGCCCCAUACAAAACCAACCACAUAUACUGUUGCCCCAUACAAAACCAACCACAUAUACUGUUGCCCCAUACAUAG